GAUUAUGCUGUUCUGGCUGCGACAACCAGUUUAGCCAGUUCUUGACAGAAAAACGGUGUCUUUUCUUCACUACAGGGCCGGUUUUAAGGUUAAUCUGCGACGAAAUCCAGCUGUAUUCACAGUAACAACAGUUGUAACCUGUAGUCAACGAUGAAUCCCGAAUAUGACUAUUUAUUCAAACUGCUCCUGAUUGGUGAUUCUGGUGUUGGAAAGUCUUGUCUCCUUCUACGGUUUGCAGAUGACACAUACACAGAGAGCUACAUUAGUACCAUCGGUGUGGACUUCAAGAUCAGGACCAUCGAGCUGGACGGGAAGACCAUAAAGCUUCAGAUUUGGGACACGGCCGGUCAGGAACGGUUCCGCACCAUCACAUCCAGUUACUACAGAGGAGCGCAUGGCAUUAUUGUAGUUUAUGAUGUGACAGAUCAGGAGUCCUUCAAUAACGUCAAACAGUGGCUACAGGAGAUCGACCGCUAUGCCAGCGAGAACGUCAAUAAGCUGCUAGUAGGCAACAAGUGUGACCUCACAACGAAGAAGGUUGUGGAUUACACCACAGCUAAGGAAUUUGCUGACAACUUGGGGAUCCCCUUCUUGGAGACCAGCGCCAAGAGUGCCACCAACGUGGAGCAAGCCUUCAUGACCAUGGCGGCCGAGAUCAAGAAGAGGAUGGGCCCCGGGGCCACGGCCGGCGCCUCGGAGAAGUCCAACGUCAAGAUCCAGAGCAAGCCAGUCAACACCUCGUCCGGAGGCUGCUGCUGAGACCCGAAAGAGCCACGACCUGAAUCCACCCCCGAGCCCACGACCAGUCUCAAUGUUACUAUGCUCCACAGGGAAAGAAAAGCAGAGAGAGAGGGAAAGAAAGACAGGAAGACUUUGACUGGACCGGUUUGUAAUUGUGUGUGCAGCUACAACACCAGAUUCCCACCACGCCCUUUCAAAGUCAGCAAUAGGACGGUAAGCCCAUCCAUCCCCACAGCACACACUGGGCGGUCUUUUUUUCUUACUUUACCAAAACACACUCAUACUGGAAAAACAAAAUGUAUACAAUUUUUAACAGUGUGUGAAGUUAACCAAUGACAGAGAACACAUGCAUACAGCUUUUCUUCUUUUUUGUUUUCUUAUUGUUUGCCCCACUCUUCCUUUUAGUUUGUUAAAUGAGUCACUCUUCUAAAACUGAAAUAAACCCCCAAAGUUGUCUUUA